CGACGUCAGCGACAUCUUCGCGCCCCGUACGUUUCCUGGGGGUUGACGAGCAGCUCUUCGCCAAGCCGCCACGGCCACCUUCGGGACCGACCCCUAGUGGCCUGUGCGCCCUGCUGCUACCUGCCUGCUUGCGGACGCCCGCGGACGACGCCGCGAUGGCCGACAGCGAAUUCGAGGAGUUCCGCCACUACUUCGAGCGGCUGCCCCAGCACCUGAAGGCGCCGCUCUCCAACUACACGCUCGUGCACGAUGUGAUGAUCGAUGACUCGCCGACGUCCUCGCAAGGGAGCGACGGGGAGGUCGGCAGAUCCUGCGACGGAGUGACCGGCGACUCCGAGGAUGAGGAGGUGGUCGUAAUCCAUCGGCACGACAACCAGAGCGGUCGCACCACUCCCGAUGACAGCGAGGAGCUGGACCACCAUUGCUCGAUUAUUGCUGACAGCGACUUCAGCUUACCAGACGCUUUACCCUUGGAUGACGUUAGCUUGUUCGGUGGACUGAGCAGCAGGGGUCGAUCGGUAGGCGGCGGCGGCGGCGGACCAGGACCGGGCGGGGGUGGCAUUACCGGGACGGGGAACGGCGGCCGAGACAGCGUCGUCAGCGACGUCGGCGACUCGUGUUCCAGUUUGAGCUCCUGGCCUACGCCGGAACACGUACCGACGAAUCGACCCGGAAGCGGCGGCACCGAGCGCCGACGUCGGAGAUUGCCGGAAAUUCCUAAAAAUAAAAAGUCUGUACCCAUGUGUCAAACGUCCAUGCAGACGUCGUCCUCGUUGGCAGAUGAGUUGAGUGCCGCCACCGGCUCGUCCUCGGUUCGGCCUCACCUUGUCCUGAGGAAAUGCCACCCCAGACUUCGCCAUGAGGAUAGCUCGCCCGACAGCGAGAGAAUGGCCACCGACAGUGGUCAUUCCACCGCUCAUUCCCCUGAAAACGGUCCCAAGAGCGUGUCGCCCAUACCUUGCAACACCCUGCAGAACACCGAUUCGGUCUCGCCCAGCAGCACCCCAGGGAGCGGAGGCGUGCCGUUUACUCAACUGGAACUGCUCGAGGCGACGCAUCGAGGCUUGCACAAGUUCGUACCGCGGCACCAUGACGAAAUUGAUCUUGAAAUUGGAGACCCCAUAUACGUGCAGAAGGAGGCCGACGACCUGUGGUGCGAAGGUGUCAAUCUGAGGACAGGCCGGCAAGGUAUCUUCCCGUCUGCGUACGCGGUCGAUAUGGACUACAGUGACUUCGAUCCUACCGCGCCUAAAGUGAAGAGGGAGAGAUACCUUCUGGGUUACUUGGGCUCGGUGGAGACUCUGGUGUACAAGGGCACAGGAGUGGUUUGCCAAGCGGUACGGAGGAUCCUUCGCAACUCUCUGCAGGAGCCGCCCGUGUCGCAAAGCUGCAUCCUGGAGGUGUCCGAUCAGGGCCUUCGGAUGGUCGACAUAAGGAAGCCGCCGAAAAGUCAGGGUCCCUGUCACGACUAUUUCUACUCGCUGAAGAAUGUGUCGUUCUGCGCGUUUCACCCUCGCGAUCAUCGCUACCUCGGCUUCAUCACGAAGCACCCCACUCUGCAGAGAUUCGCUUGUCACGUGUUCAUCAGCCAGGAAUCCACGAGACCCGUCGCCGAAGCCGUUGGGCGCGCUUUUCAUCGGUUCUACACGAAAUUCAUCGAGACUGCUUUCCCGAUAGAGGACAUCUACAUUGAAUAAAUUUCUCUCGGCCUCGGACGUAUAGCGGCUGCGGAGGAAAUGAUAUGAAUCUCACUUCCCCACCCCCUCCCCCGUGACCCUUGUACAUAUAACCCGCUAGUUGUAGAUAUAAAAUAAUAAACGCGAAUCAAACACCCAAUUUAUACAUAUAUUGAACAUAUGUAUAUCUAUGUGUACUGGGCGUUUUCGGGAUAAGCGUCGCGAUAAGGGACCGAUUCUCCGAUUGAUAUUUCGUUCUCCCGUAGCUUUCUUUCCGAUUCGUCGCUCGUCGCCAAUUCUGUCCCGACUCAUGCGUGCAAUCCAGUACGGUUCUACAUAUUUAAUGAGAAGUGAAGAAAUGGGAAGAAACGAUGUCGACAUCGGCCGACAUCGACCGACAGGAUCGUCUUGAUUUCUCGUAUACGGAUAUCACGCGAUGCAUAUUGGCUGAAGCUUCACAUUGAAUUUAAAUCUGUUUCCCGGCCUUCUUCCGCGUCACGUACAAUUUUCAAGUGUUUUCCUUUCAACGUCUGGAUAGAACGUAAUAGUCGUGCACGAAGAGUGCUCGUUAAAGACCCCUAAUAAGCAGAUUUAAUAAUCGAUAGUAAGAACGAGUUAAUUCCUAAAGCCCCGAUCCUACGACCAAGAUAAUCCGCUUAGUGACGUUUAGGUAAAGAGAAGGGAACGACAAUAGCGUUGGAUCGGAGUUUAGCGAGGAAAAAUCGUAGCGGAAGUUGAGUGAUUUUUCGUUUCAAGUGACGCUUGACGCGUGUGACUUUCAGCCGUUGCGCAACGUAUGAGAUUUCUCCGCGCGAGAACGGGGCAAAAGCCGUGUUUCUCAUUUCAUCAUGUGUGUAAAUACAUGCGAGACUUUCGACCGCGAUGUCUUAUUCUUUUCAUUCGAUAUCGUUCGAAAGCCUUUCCUCAGCAUCUCAGAAGCGCGAUUGUCAAUUCACAGAGGACACGAUUCUAAUUCAGGCCGAAUUAAAAGACAAAACAAUCAAUUGAUAUCAAGUAGAGUCAACGUUGAUCAACGUUCUCAGCUUGUGCGUUUGGAAUAACGAAGCUCUAAAUUGUGUUCCCGUACGGCAGACAGUGAUUCGUUUUCGCUCUUAGUUCUCAGAAUCCAUUACGCGAAAUUCAUUAUGUCAAUUGAACUCUGAACACUCACAAUAAUCCUGGAACGAGAAAUAUGUCGGGAUUUGUGCGAUUUUUCUUCUCCUAAGUCGGGAAAAUUUCGCGCUGCGCGACGCGUCGUCGAGAAAGAGAGAGUGUGUGUGUGUGUGUGUGUGUGUGUGUGUAAUCUCGCACAGUCGAACGUGCUUUCGCUGGCGGCGGUCUUCUUCUUCAUCGUAGCAACGAAGCGGUCGUCUGUAGAACGAUGUCCAAUCGUAUUGUUCUCGUAUUAUUAGGGAACGGCGGACUGCGCGCGUCGCCAUUAGUAACGUCUCAUAUAUUUUUCUAUCUUUCUUUGCGGCAGGGUCACCGAUUCUGAGUUCCAUUGUGCAUAACGAUAAGGCUUAAGGAAGUUUGUACUCUCGAGUCCCCGAGCCCGACGAAAGCGAGCCCGCGAGAAAGACGACAACUAUAUCGAAACGCACAUUGGCCUCUGUAUAUUCCGGAUAUAUCGUAUCGCGCUGCGUUGUUGCAAUGACAUUGUCUCACCGAACGCUUAUACAGUAUGAACCAAAUUGCAAGUACACGUUGUUGCACGGAUAGAUGCGAGAUGUCAACUCUAGGAUGCGUAAUGCGAGAGGGAGGGGGGGGAGGGAGGCGGCGAGACCUCUCGCCUCUCGCGGAGUGAUAUCGCCGUUACUCUCCGAUCGUUUCUGCAUAAUUUGCACGGGAGCCUCAGAUCACUUCCCAUUGGACUCCGGUGGACGAGGUCGAGAUCGUUCCUCCGCCGAGUUCCUUCGUCUCGCGAACCUUCGUCGGCAGGCUGUGCAGUAUUCUAGGCUCGUGGAGAUGCGAUGUCGGGAACGACAUCGCUCGCGUUGCGCUCGCGAACGGCGUAUAUUUACCGUCAAUCGGAAGUCUCUCACCAUCAUUACGGAUCGAUCGUACUUUAUUCAGUUCACUCUUUUACACUGCCUUUAUCAGGACAUCGCGUGUGUACAGUAUUCUGGAGCCGGACAAGUCGCGUCCUCGUGCUUGGGGAUCUCCGCUAUCUCGCCGACGCGAGCGACGUUGUACGUUCACUAGUCAUUUCUCAUUUCUCUGUGCGCAGCGCUUUGAAUUACUUGGCAAAGCGUAUUUACGGAUUUAGAAGUAUAUCUUUCACUCAUGUUUGUGAUUGUUUAACGACGCGAUGGCGUCGUUGCGUCGGCGCCGCUCGAUAUCGGAGGAUCCAAAUUCACGGCGAGGUCUCUCACAUUCUCGCGAGAUCGCGAGAUCCGCCGUGUGCGCGACGGUCUCGUCAAUUUGCAGAUUCCUCCUCGACAAUACGUUCUAUCUUGGGAUUUGGUGCAUGUUAGAUAAGUACGAUUCUCUCACGCGCCUCAAUUAUACGGUAUAUUGAAUAAAAAUUGAGAGACAAAU